AUGGAUGAUAGACAAGCAGCAGCCAAUUCCAUGAUGAAAUCAGCCGCAUCAUUGAAGAUGGAUGAUGAUAUGAUUGAAAUAGAAGAGGAAGCGAACACACCGACCAACGCCUCCCCGAGACUGAAAGCAAUAGCCGAUUCCAUGAUGAAUUCCAUGAUGAAAUUGGUCAACGCAUCUGUUUCCAAGCUCAGAAAUGGAGAUCCGCCCACCAUCUACAAAGUCCCACAAAAAAUACGGCAAGAAAAAGAGGUUGCCUAUGAGCCUCAGAUCGUGUCAAUCGGCCCAUACCAUAACGGCAAGGAGAAGCUACAAGCCAUGGAAGAGCACAAAUGGCUGUACCUACAUUCGUUCCUCUCCCGCAAUACCAAAUAUAAGUUGGAGCACUACCUCAAGGCGAUGUCGGAAUGGGAGGAUGAAGCGAGAAGUUGCUACUACGACAAUGUCGACCUGCAGGUGGGCAACGAGUUUGUGAAAAUGAUGGUGCUCGAUGCUUGCUUCAUUGUCGAGAUCUUUCUCAUGUUCCAUCCGAUCGAGCAAUGGGAGGAGCUCAAGCAAAACGAGGAGGAUCUCGGUCUUCUUUCUGCAAUGGAUCAGGAGUUCUUUUUCCAUUCAAAUGGCUUCGAAGACCCGAUACGUCAUGCGAUUGGGAAGGUGUACUAUCCAAGCAAUAAGGAAAUCAAGAUCAAUGAAUAUUCCUACUAUCAUCUGCUACAUUUGUUCCACUCGCAUUUGUUACCAACCCCAACUAAUAGCAAGGAGGAGCCCAACCUUUCGUGCAAUCCUAAAAUCAAAUCCGUCCUCAACAAGUUGAAGAAUCUAAUCAUCUUCCUCCCAUGUUCAAAUAAGGCCCCGACUGACCUCCAACUUGCGGGAGUCAAGUUCAAGAAGAAUGAGAAAUCGAAUAACAUCUUGAACGUGAAAUUUAGCCACGGGGUGUUGGAAAUCACGCCCUUCCUGAUACAAGACGACAGCGAAACUCUCUUUCGGAACCUCGUAGCAUUCGAACAAUGCUGCCUACAUGUAAAAUUUCACUUUUUCACGACUUUCUUUUUUUUCAUGGAUUUCCUUGUCAAUACGUCCAAGGAUGUGGCGCUGCUCCAUCAGAAUGGGAUCAUAGAUAAUUAUCUGGGAAGCGAUGAUGAUGUGGCCCUUCUAUUCAACCGGCUCUGCAUUGGGGUAUUCCUUAAUUUCAAUGCAAGCUAUCUUUCGGAUGUAAAAGACAAUGUGCAAAAACAUUGCGAGAACAAAUGGAACAUGUGGCAGGCGAGCUUGAAGCGCGAUUAUUUCACCAAUCCAUGGUCUUUCAUUUCUUUGAUCGCGGCUUCCAUCCUCCUCCUGCUCACCAUCACCCAAACGUUCUUCACCGUCUUUCCUCACUACGGACCGCAGUCCUAG